GACAAAAUUGGGGAGAAAAGAGCCUCGUCGAGGCUCGGAGUAGUUUGGCGAUCGGCCUUUGUACGAUACCAGUCUGCUUCACAUAUUUCUUCCUUUUAGAUGAUACCCGACGUCAAGUCAACGGUUGUUUCGGGUGGGCUCGGUAUGCAUGUACUCGUACAUGUCUUGUUCUGGACUUGGUUCCUCCUGUUGUACUUUCUACAUUCGUAUGUCCUACUGUUCGCAUAUACGUACUCUUACGGCCGUCUUCUGUUUGCGUUGCUUGUUUUGGUAUCUUUUGGCCAAAUCACCUGCCCUAAUACUCCCUUGGGCUGGACCCGCUCCGUCCCUCGGCGUUGGGUCCUUCAAUAUGAAUUAUGUCAACAUUACUGCAUUUUCACGCCUCACGUCCGAUCUUGGUGACAGGUUCUUGCAUUGACCGUCGCGAAGGGCAGUCUAGGUCAGGAUCGUGUUCGAGCAGAAGGGGAAGUGAAUGCGCAGAGCCGCAAAUACGGCAGAAGAGUGAGGCU